CCUGAAUCGAGACCUACUUCAAAUUGAUGAACAGAAAUGGAAUUCUUUUCAAUUUUAUUCCGAUGAAGUUUAUAUACUAUGCAAUAAAAUGCAAUGAAAUUGUGAAAAUUAAGAAAAAUGAAUAGUGCUUCAAAUGUAUUCAUAAUUUAUUAAGAGGGAUACAUGAAUUUGUAGAAUGUACAGUUGGAUUAAAACUAUAAAAAAGCAAAGACAAGAGUUAUAUUCGAAAUAUCAUAUAGCAAUAAGUGUAUAUUAUUUACAGACGGACUUAUUUAAAAAUAGAGAGAGAUGGGUUUGUAAAAAAAAAUGAUACUAAAGUUUAGGGAGAGCUUUUUCUCUACAGUACUUUUGAACCCAGGAAAAUGAGCCCAAGAUAAAUUGUGUAAGACAAAAAAGAAGCGUCCUUGAAAGAUUGAAUGAACUUAUACAUUCUGAAUAUUAGACACAAAGGCCGAGUGAAAAUAUAAACUUGAGAGUAAAUGAUAGGAAAGGCAAUCGGCUUGCGUAUGUUUGAUGUUCAUACUUUUUAAUGAAAUGUGUGUUAGGAUACGCUAUGAAUCAUUAAUAUAAAGAGACAUCCGUUCACAUAUCGACUAUGGCUAAGAUCGUGUCUACAAAGUUUGGAGACAGGCGACUGGUUAAUCUUCCUCCAGUGAACUUUCAGGGAACAAAGACGCCUAAUGUUGAGACCAUAGCUCCUCCCGGAUACACUGCCCAGGUGGACGAUAACCCGCCAGUUCUAGCUAACAGGGUUCACCGACCUGUCGGGAACGAAAUUGUACCAAAGGAUUAUUCCUACCGUGGCCAGCAGCCCCGACCGGCUCCUAUUCCAGCAUAUCCCCAGACCCGACGGUACAGCGGAAAUAUUGUAACAGAGACAUCACCGGCUACGAUUGGGGAUCAGAUAUUCAAAAAUUUGUUGCAAGAAGCGAACGCCAAAAGCCUGCAGGGGUAUGGCCAGGGACAGUAUCCAGUUAUCCCUCCUGUAAGUGCGGCCCAACCCUACCAGUACUACACCAACCAGGGGCUUAACGCGAUGCAACAACAGCCGCCUGUGCAGCAGGCUCCCCAACAAGUGCCAUAUUUCAACAAUCAGAUGCCAGCUCCUGCUCCCCAACCAACAGUACCUGUCGCACCAUUCCCUGGUUACAAUCAACCAUUUCCUGGCUCUAACCCAAAUGAAAAGCAUAUAUAUUAUGGACCGAAUGGUGAAGUGCUACCCGGUCCUCCCCCGGGAUUUAAUACGACCGGUUCCGUGAAUAUUCAACAAUAUCCUGAAGAUUUCGCGAUUGAAGGCAUGUUGCACCACGGAAAAUUGACGACUGUGAAUUUAGUCGAAGCUUCACGAGGAUUUCCGAAAAUACCCGACUAUCUUAUAAAAGACCUCUUUGACAAAUAUAAGCAGUAUGAGAGAACUAUAGUUCGUAUUGUGGUACGUAGUGGACAAACAUACGUUCACGCAACGCCAGAUAUGGUUGAUGGAGCCAGUCCGCCACAGGGAAAUCUGGAAGCUGAAUAUGUUCCUGUUUACCUUGAAGAGGGUGAAGAGUUCAACUACGAUAAGUUUAUGCGUCAGUAUCAGACCGGAAAUUACCGAGCGAUCGGUCCUGGUGGUGGCGGAAACAGUCCGAGAAGAUACGGAACACCGAAACAGGUACCUCGGUCAUAUCCGUACAAUGAUUACGGAGAUGACCGAGCUUACACGACCGACAUUCGGCCAAAUACGAUCGACCCGAUGUCACAUCUUCGUUGGCAGAGGGAGGGAGACAGGCGAUCUACAGCCUUUACUCGGUAUCCAGUUGAACAGCCACAGACACGGAAUUAUAGGUCACAAAUGAGAAACUAAAACAUGACGCGGCCAUCCUAAGGAUACAUGUUUACAAUUUCCAAUGGACAAGAGUAAAUGGAUAACCUUUUAGAUUGUAAGAAAGGUGAAUAUUUAUCAAUUACUCAGUUCUGUCAACUUUCCGAAAUCUAUGUUGUAAAGGAAGUGUUUUAAUGUACGGAAUAUAUAAAACAUAUUUUUUUUAUAAAGAAUUGUUAUCAAUAACAAAAAAAAAACUUAUUAAGUUUUAGACUUUGUCAAUGGAAAUCACCGUGCUUGAAACCCUUUAUGGUCCCGCAGACAUUCAAUGCGAUGUGACCUAUUGGCUGCCCAUUCGGGUGACGAGGGAUACAGGUUUUAUUUAAUCUAGUUUUAAAAUGUGUCUGACAAAAUGGCGCUCUCUUGAUUUAAUAUGUUUAACCGGUGUAUGUCAAUUCAUGUUAACCCUGCUUAUUUCUAUACUUAUCAGAACGUUCAAACUUGAACCUAUUUAGCCGCGUCUUUGAUGUCUUGCAUCAGAAUUAGUCUUGUUUGUUUGUUUGUCCUGUUUCUUACAAGAGACUCUUGACAGGAAGUCUCGAGAUUUGAUUGAAGAUGUGAACUCAUCUUCCGCUCUUCACCCACAGUGUAUUAAAUUAAAUAAUUGUACUUUCUUGUUGCAAGUCCUUUAGAAUCAUCAGUACUCAAUCCUUGAGUAUCCAUUACUAAUCUUUAAAGGGACUGUACACCAGUUUGGCACCAAAAAAGUUUUUUUUCUGAGUCGGAGACCGGGUUCGAACCCGUGUCGCUAAAAUUGCAGUCCAGUGUUGUAUCCACUGUGCUACGAAGGCCUACUCCAAACUAGUGGAAUAUUUAAGCUAUCUAACUUGGUAAUAUCACGUGAUGACAUCGACUAGCCAAUCACGCAUAAGGAAUGAAUUCUACUAGGUAGACAUACCUAGUAAUCUUUUUUAAUGGAAAAACGUGAAAUAACUGCUCAAAAUACAUUAAUUGUAAACGUUGUGGUACUUCAGUUAGUAAGUUUUAAUGCAUUGUACACAUCAAUACCAAGUUUAUAUCAGUUUUCGACAAUUUUCGAUUUUUCCCGCUAUUUUAUCAUACGGAGUACAGCCCCUUUAAUAUAAUAAUACUAUAACCGUGAUGUCGACCGUGUUAUGCACCAGUCAAUUGUAACCACGGCCCCCAGGUCCGGGGAAUAGCGGGGACUUUUACUUUCCGUCCACCCAAGCCCGGGUAAAAUCCCAACCCUUUUGUGACGAACUGCUGAUUAAAUCCCCGCCAAAUGCCCCCGCGCCCAAGGGACCCUAGGUAAGGCCCAUCCCCCGCUUUUUGCGCUAAGACAGAACCAUCGCAUUCAUCCGGCACUGCGGUGCCACUUGGAAGGUAAAAUCACGGCCCAUUUCCCCGGCUAUCCCCGGUAUACCCCCGGACCUGGGGGCGUGGUUACAAUUGACUGGUGCAUUACACUUAUGUCUUCCAAUAACAGUUUAAUAAAUCAAAUCAAGACUGUCUUCAUACUGUGCUUGUAAUCUGUGCACCUAGUGUUCUCUUUUGUAGAAUGUAUUUCUUAACAUACUCGUACAUGUAUGUUCAAAACUGUUGAAUUGCCUACAUUUAAUUGUCACUUACAGUUGCUGUAAAUAUUUGUAAAUAAACAAGACAUACCAUUACUGUUGGAAGCUUAAAUGCAUUUCAAACCGUUCAAAGACUAUGGGGCCGUUUCAUUUUGUUUUUUUGUUCGGAUUUCAUCAUUUUGUGAGAGGGAGGUGAAAGGUGAUUUUUUUUAUUCUUAAAGUGACCAUCUUAUUCAAAAUCAAUACACAUACAUGUAUAACAAACAUAAAUUGAGAGUGAUUAACCUUUAACUACUAACUAAAUAAUGCAUUUAUGGAAAAUAUUAAAUGCUGAUAACAUGAUUGUAACUGUUAAUUGCUGAAAACGCAAAACUA